UGCCCAAUUAGCGUGGAGGUGGAGCUCCUCCGAACGACCGAGCCGCCAGACGUGUUCACGCCCAAUUUGAGCUCUCACUACCCGGACGCGUCCACAGUCACAGCGGCUUCUCCAAACUGACUCUCCGAAACCAUUUGGACUGAAAAAGAAAAAGUUCUGCCAUGAAAUAAAUAACACUGAGUCGCUCCAAAUGAUUCGGGUGGGACAAGGAGAAUGAUACAAGUCACCAUACCAUCUGCUGAAAAGGAAGAGGACGAGGUGGGGAAGUCCAAAAAGCUCUUUCGAGUUGAAGUGCUGUUCAACGAGAGGAAACAUUUUGUGCUGAGGAGGAGCAGCGAAUUCCAAACUCUACACAGAAAACUCCGGAAGAUCAUCCAGACACCCGAUUUUCCGAGUAAAAGGAAUCAACAUCUGAGGACUAAACCUCUCGAGCAGAGGCGGCAGGAAUUGGAGGAUUACAUCCAGGAGAUUAUCUAUCAGUGCGAAGAUGUACCACAGGAGCUGCUGGACUUCCUCCACGUCAAGCACUAUCACAUGGCAAAGAUCGGCAGCAUGGAAUCACUUGAUGACCUGGACAAUCAGGAUUACAGUUUUCAGUUGCCACAUCAGCGAGUGAUGGGAUUCUCCCGGGACCCUUAUGUGUCUGACUGCACAUCAGGGCUACCUGAUGUUGUCCUUGGUGGAGUCCUCCAAGGUUUCUACCGACGGGACGUCCGCGUCAGCUUCACGGCCCCCGAAAAGUCGAACACAAAAUCCCUCGAAUGAGUGGAAUGAAACUUCAGAAUGAUUUUAAGUGAGGUUUAAAUGGUUUUAUACCAUAAGUGUCCUUUUUCAAAUUUCUCACAACCUUAUACCAAAAGGCCAAAUGCAUCCUUCAUUGGAUUAGUGUUUCAGUAUUUUUAAUGUAGCAUAGUUCAGUGUGGGUAUAUGAGUGCAAAUAGUGUAAAUAUAAUGCGAGUGGUUUCUUAUAUUUGCUUUCACUGUGGCUAUUUUCGGUUUUUGUGGUCACAUGGUCACUUGUUCUUAAACAUCACUUGUCAAGUGAUUAUAAUAAAGAAAUGCAUUGUCUUUUAACUUCUUUUGAAGUCUUCAACGAUCUCCUUCAGUGCUGUUGAUGAUAAUAG